AGCGUGCAGAGCGAGCGCGGCGGGCGCGCGUCCCGGGCACCCCACGCCCCUGCCUCGCGCGCUGCCCGAGCCAUGAAGCACAUCCCGGUUCUCGAGGACGGGCCGUGGAAGACUGUGUGCGUGAAGGAGCUGAACGGCCUCAAGAAGCUCAAGCGGAAAGGCAAGGAGCCGGCGCGGCGCGCAAACGGCUAUAAAACUUUCCGAUUGGACUUGGAAGCGCCCGAGCACGGCGCCACCGCCACCAACGGGCUGCGCGACAGGACCCAACGGCUGCAGCCCGUCCCGGCCCCGGUGCCGGCCCCAGUGGCGCCGGCCGUUCCCUCAGGUGGGGGCGCGGACACAGCCGGGGAGCGCAGGGGCGCCCGGGCGCCGGAGGUCUUGGACGCGCGGAAACGCGGCUUCGCCCUGGGCGCAGUGGGGCCGGGACUGCCCACGCCGCCGCCACUGCCGCCGCCGCCAGCGCCCCAGGGCCAGGUACCUGGGGCUCCUGAGGCACAGCCUUUCCGGGAGCCCGGCAUGCGUCCCCGCAUAUUGCUGUGCGCACCGCCUGCACGCCCCACGCCGGCCGCGCCCCCUGCGCCCCCGGAGUCCUCGGUGCGCCCCGCGCCCCCCACGCGCCCCGGGGAAAGUGCCUACUCGUCAAUUUCACACGUAAUUUACACUAACCGCCCGGAUUCCUCCGCGUCGCCUAGGAAACGGCCGGGUGAAGCGGCCGCCGCCUCCUCGGAGAUCAAAGGCCUGCAGCAGACCCGGAGGCUCCUGGCGAACGCCAGGGAGCGGACGCGGGUGCACACCAUCAGCGCAGCCUUCGAGGCGCUGCGGAAGCAGGUGCCGUGUUACUCAUACGGGCAGAAGCUGUCCAAACUGGCCAUCCUGAGGAUCGCCUGUAACUACAUCCUGUCCCUGGCGCGGCUGGCUGACCUCGACUACAGCGCCGACCACAGCAACCUCAGCUUCUCCGAGUGUGUGCAGCGCUGCACCCGCACCCUGCAGGCCGAGGGGCGCGCCAAGAAGCGCAAGCCACCGUUUCCAACAGGCCCCCCUGUGGGUUGUCCAGGUUUCCCAGAGGCCCCUAGGCCCCAAGCCAGGGAGGCCCUCCAUGGACUCUCCUGCCUACACCAGGGAGGGCCACGGCAUGUCCUCACUGCCAGCCACUGUCUCCGCAGCGGAGUGACCGGCCCUGGGCUAGACCCAGGACGCUGCUGUGAGCCCUCUUUCCAGUCAAGCCUGAGGAGAAGGCGAGCUCGCCCAGUCCAGCCUCCUCUUCCUCUCCGAGAUGGCACCAGACGCUCAGAUCACCACCUGUCAGGGUCGGACAGGAUCACGCCCGCCUCCCUCUCACCCUGCUGCCCUCCCGCAGCCACUCCGCAGUGACUUCGCACCUUGCCCUCCACCCGGUGGGGAGGGGAGAGCUCAGCCUUCCCCUUGCCCGGGGCCCGAGGCCCACCAUCUGGCUGCAGAGAUUCGUGGCCAAAGAUUCGACAGACACUGAACAAAAUGUGGUGAGCAAACCCCACGGUGAGAAGCCACACGGUUGCUCUGUGACUUGUGCUCCUCUUGUUGCCCAAGUCCCAUCUCAAGCCAAAGACGAGUCAGCAGUUCCACUAGGAACUCACGGAAGGAUGGACACUUGGUGACCUUGGAAGCGUGUGGUCCUCUGACUCAGAACUCUCUUUCCACACGGGGCCCUAAGUCAGCUGGGUGCAAGAUGAGCCUUCUGGGGGCUGUGAGAGGCAGGCUGGGGAUGCCUGUAGGGAGUGGGAUCUGAGAUCCCGGCCCCUUCUCUCCCUCCCACUGGCUGCCCAGGCCUCUGACCCUGAUUCUCCAUGUUCCCUGGGCCCAGGCUCCUUCUUGGGCUCUGAGCAUCGUGGGAAGGGAGUAAGGAGGGAAAGAAGCAAUACUGACCACCCCGUACCCCAGCCCAGGGACUGGCUCCAAGGCAACCUGCCUAAGGGUAUUUGCAACCCAAGCCAGCCCAGCCAGCCACUCCUUGCCAGUGGCCCGCCCUCCUGGCUGGGCAAACAAGAUGGCGCCCGGCUUGGGGGCCAGUGGUCUGUUACAGGCUGUGCAGGGGGCCAGAGGGGAGGAAGGGACCAGGGGAGCGGGCUGGUAUGUGGGGGAGGGGGGCAUGUUCAAAGCCAAGGCCUGCUCCUUCCUUGUACUCAAAAGGCCAAAGCUGUUCACAUCUGUGCUCAACCAUCUGCUUCAAAUUGAAGUAAAAGCCCCAACAUGUAAAGAAAACACUUGCUUGUGUUGAGUGGA